AUGCCUGAUUUUCUCGAGCGCUUUGGUCAACAAUACCAGACCGGUGAACGAGCUGGCGAGUUCUACUUCAGCAAUGUCCGCUCCGGCCUUAUUGUUGGUAUGCUAUCCAUCGGUACUCUGAUCGGCGCCCUCAUCGGCGGUCCUCUUGCGGACGUCAUCGGUAGGAAGUACUCCAUCGUCGUCUGGUGUGUUGUCUUUUGUGUCGGCAAUACUGUCAUGAUUUCUGCUACGGACCAUUGGUAUCAAGUCAUGAUGGGACGCUGGGUUGCUGGACUUAGUGUUGGAGGGCUAUCGCUCUUAGUGCCGAUGUACAUGGCAGAGACCGGCCCACGCCACAUCAGAGGAGCUCUCAUCUCCUGCUACCAAGCAAGCCCCCCCUCCCCCCUCCCCCUCCACCCCCCACUAACACUCCCCACUAACACUCCCCAGCUCUUCAUCACCUUCGGCAUCUUCCUAGCCGCCUGCAUAAACUUCGGCUGCUACGAGCACCAACGCUUCAGCGCCGCCUCCUGGCGCAUCCCCAUGGGUGUCGGCUACAUUUGGGCCGUGAUCCUCGGCGUCGGAAUCCUCGCCUUCCCGGAGACUCCCCGAUUCCAGUACCGCCAGGGCAAAAUCGAGGAUGCCAAGGCUACGAUGAUGAGGGUUUAUGGCGCGCCGGAGAACCAUUAUGCGAUUCAUGUGGAGCUCGAGGAGAUUGAACAGAAGUUAAGGGCGGAGGCUAAACAGGGCUCGGCGGUGCAGGAGUGGUAUCGCAUGAUGUUUGCGCCGAAGAUGGCGUAUAGGAUUUUGCUUGGGGUGGGGUUGCAGAUGUUUCAGCAGCUGACCGGUGCCAACUACUUCUUCUACUACGGCACCGUAAUCUUCCAAGGCACCGGCAUCAACAAUUCGUUCGUCACACAGAUGAUCCUCAACGGCAUCAACUUCGGCACAACCUUCUACGGCCUCUACAUCGUCGAACACUAUGGUCGCCGCAAGUCCCUCAUCGUCGGUUCCACCUGGAUGUUCAUAAUGUUUUUAAUAUUCGCCAGCAUCGGCCACUUCAGUCUCGACCGCGAUGAUCCAAGCAACACGGAAUCCGCCGCAACAGCCAUGAUCGUCAUGGCUGCAUUCUUCAUUUUCGGAUUCGCGACGACUUGGGGUCCUAUGAUAUGGACAAUCUGCGGCGAACUCUACCCCUCCCGCUACCGCGCCAAAGGCAUGGCCCUCUCCACCGCGUCCAACUGGCUCUGGAACUUCCUCCUCGCCUUCUUCACCCCUUUCAUCACCUCCGCCAUCGACUUCCGCUACGGCUACGUUUUCGCCGGCUGCAACGUCCUCGGCGGGUUGAUCAUCUACUUCUUCGUAAUGGAGGGGCAGGGACGCACGCUGGAGGAGAUCGAUACGAUGUAUUUGAGUAAUGUGUUGCCGUGGAAUAGUUCCAAGUGGGAGGCGCCGCCGCCGGAGGAGAUUGCGAGGAUUAGGAAGGAGGCGGGGACGGAGGUUGUGGGUGAGGAGGGGGAUGUGAAGGGGGUUGAUGUGCAUCAGGAGAAGGCUGAGGAGCGGGGGGUUGCGGCGCCGGGUGUUGGGGGUGAGGGGCUGGGUAAUGGGGUGGGGAAGGAGACCACUGUCUAG